CACUCGUUGCUGUUGUUGUUGUUGUUGCUGGUUUUUGUUUUCACUCUGGCUUCAUCGGAGUGCCGUUAGGCCAUUCGUUUGCUUUUCUCAACUCUAGUCUUUAGUCCUUAAUGGCUCGGCUUGCUGUGAAAAUGUGAUAAAAAGUUUACAACCGAGUGUUCGCGUAUUUAAAUUUGUAGCGGUUUCUCAUAAUUUCCUUAUUUCUAAUUUUAACUUCAAAACAACAACAACUACUACUACAAUAGAAGCAGACAAGCGAGCGCAUGAAAACAAAUGUAAAUCAAAUCAGUUUGGCAAAGCCAAAGCAAUCCAUCCUCCCAUAAUAACAACAACCACAACAGACAAGCAAAAUUCACAAAAAAAAAAAAUAGAAAAUAAUAAUAAAGAAACCCCCAAUAAAAAAUACAACAAAUCUGCAAAAAGAAAACAGGACGUUGCAUGUGUUUUGUCUGCCUCUCUGUAGUAUAUAUAGAGCGAGCUAGCUGGCAAGCUGUGAUAUAACAUUUUCGUUAGUGUGUGUACGCGCGCUAAGUGUGAGUGUGCGUGAGUGUGGGCUUGUGUGUAUAAAAAAUAUUCUCGUGGAAGUCUCAGACCCUCCAUGUAAAGUGCGUGUCUUUAAGCCACAUUGAAAUUUGAAGAAGAAAAGUGAAAGCGGGUGUUUAUAGCCAACCUUUGUCGUCGCAGCGAGUUUCACUGCCCUCAAAACUAAAACUCAAGGAACCAUUCGACGGAAACAGAAGUGGACAGCUGACCAAAAGGAGUUGCAGCAAAAAAUCAAGAAUUGGGUUAAAAAAUUGUGAUUUGGGUUACGAGAAGAUUUUCCUUAACCAUUGCCUAGUCAAAAUUUUAAUGAUACAACAAGAUGGGAAAUGGUAUGAACAAGGUAUUGCCUGGUUUAUAUGUGGGCAAUUAUCGAGACUCCAAAGAUACCCAACAACUGGACAAAUUCCAAAUAACCCACAUAGUGGCCAUACAUGAUAGUCCCCGUAGAUUGUUGCCGGAUAAACAUUAUCUGUGCGUUAUGGCUGCCGAUACCCCCGAUCAAAAUCUCUCACAAUAUUUUACAGUCUGCAAUGAUUUCAUACAUGCUGCCCGUUUGCGAGAGGGCAAUGUCCUCAUUCACUGCUUGGCUGGUAUGUCACGAUCAGUCACCGUGGCCGUGGCCUACAUAAUGACUGCCACCAAUUUGUCCUGGAAGGAUGCCUUAAAGGUGGUGCGAGCUGGCAGGGCUGUGGCCAAUCCGAAUGUGGGCUUUCAGACGCAACUGCAAGAAUUCGAAAUGUAUCGCCUUAGCGAAGAGAGAAGACGCCUGAGGGAGCGAUAUCCUUCGAUGGCCUUGGAGAAACUCGAUCGUAUUAAAUGUAUGGCCGCCUUGGACAACUAUGAGGAGCUCUUGCAAAAUCGCGAUAUUUGUGAGGGAAAUUGUGUGCGUGGCGAAAAGUGUCCCACAGGUGUUUGCAACAUGGACCCCACCAAAGGUCUUUUCCGCCGACGACCUUCAUCUGCCUCAACACGAUCACGCCUACGGCCACAAGUAUCGACACCAGGCGUUACCACCGCUCAAUCGUGCCCAAAUUCACCUAAACACUCAGGCCAAGGCGUGGGUGCACGUCGCUCAUUGGGCGGCGAACGCAUACCUGAAGACGAAGAGGCCCACCUAAGUCCUACCACCUCGUCCGAGGCUGCCGAAUAUGCGGCUGCCGUUGAGGCCAGUAAAAAAGAAGCCCAAGAACGUCAACAACAGCGACAACUGCAGCGGUCACCCUCGAGAAACUCCACACGUUCGCCACGUGUCAGCAGUGCUGGCAGCCGUUUGACGGGCAAUGCGACGAAAGCCGACAACUCACCCAAGGCUCAAAGAUCGAAUAAUGGGGCUACGGGUGGUGCUGCCGCCGGCGCCAAAAGCGGUGGUAGCAGCAGCGGUGGCGGCAGUAAUGGGGCAGCUAAUUUGCAACGCAGUGCCAGCACGGUUAGUGGCUUGGCGGUGCGCCCUCGCAGUAGUCCUGCUGGUUUACAUUCCUAUACAGGUUCCGUGCCAUCGUCCGUCCAUGGCUCACGUGUCGAUUUGCGUGACACCGAUAAAGGAUCUGCUAUUUAUUUAGGAUGCACAGCACCACGCAAUUCUACCCUAUCACUGGCCUCGUCGGGCUCCUCAGCACCACCCUCACCGGCAAGAACACCACCAGUAAGUCCAAGACACGGUGUGCGAAGAUCUGCAAGUCUAGUGAAGAAAACAAGAUGAAACCGCUGGUCACCCACCACACAACAGCGCAACUUGUAAAUAACCUCGUACAUCGGGAGUGGAAAAGUCCUCUGACAUGAAUGGGAGCAUUUUUUUAUGAAAUCCACAAAACAAACAACCUACCUAAUCUAAUGUUGGAUAAGCUUUU